GUGGUCUGUGUGCUAAAGGAAGCCGCUGCACCGGAAUCUGAAGAAUUUGAGGUGUCCGCCAAGUCUGCUGUUCACCGUCAGCUUCUCUCUUUGUGCACCCCCCUCUCCAUUGAACUAUCUGCGGGAAGACUGUAAGGUUUAAAAAGGAACAAACAUGUCUCAGGCCGACAAAAUGAAGCAGGGCCAGUUCACCAACCCUGAGACUCCAGGGUAUGUCGGAUUCGCCAACCUGCCGAAUCAGGUUCAUCGCAAGUCAGUAAAAAAAGGUUUUGAGUUCACCCUCAUGGUGGUAGGUGAAUCUGGGCUUGGAAAAUCCACCCUGAUCAACAGCCUGUUCCUCACUGACCUCUACCCUGAGAGAGUCAUCCCUGGAGCAGCAGAAAAGAUAGAAAGGACGGUUCAGAUCGAGGCAUCGACAGUAGAAAUCGAAGAGCGAGGAGUGAAGCUGCGUCUCACUGUGGUGGACACACCCGGAUACGGAGACGCCAUCAACAGCCAGGAUUGUUUCAGCACCAUCAUCAGCUACAUCGAUGACCAGUUUGAGCGCUACCUCCACGACGAGAGCGGUCUAAAUCGUAGACACAUCGUCGACAAUAGAGUUCACUGCUGCUUUUAUUUCAUCUCCCCGCUUGGCCACGGCCUGAAACCCCUGGAUGUCCAGUUUAUGAAGGCCAUCCACAACAAGGUCAACGUGGUUCCUGUCAUCGCCAAGGCGGACACGCUCACCCUCAGAGAGAGGGAGAGGCUCAAGCGCAGGAUUCUGGAUGAGAUUGAUGAACACGGUAUUAAGAUCUACCACCUUCCUGAUGCUGAGUCAGAUGAGGAUGAGGACUUCAAAGAGCAGACCAGGAUCCUCAAGGCUAGCAUCCCAUUCGCUGUGGUAGGAUCCAACCAGCAGAUUGAGGCCAAAGGGAAGAAGGUGAGGGGCCGUCUGUACCCUUGGGGCGUGGUGGAAGUGGAAAACCCCGAACACAACGACUUCCUCAAGCUGCGGACCAUGCUGAUAACCCACAUGCAGGAUCUACAGGAAGUGACUCAGGACCUGCACUACGAGAACUUCCGCUCGGAACGCCUCAAGCGGGGUGGCAGAAAGGGACCGGAGCCGGAGGAAAUGGACAAGGAUAUGAUCCUGCAGGAGAAGGAGGCUGAGCUAAGACGAAUGCAGGAGAUGAUUGCUAAGAUGCAGGCCCAGAUGCAGCAGGGGCAGGGAGAUGGCCCCUAAGCGUGAAAAGCCAGUAUUUGAGCCACUGCUUGAGUUUGACCAGAGAGAGAAAGAGAUGAACAAUAGCAGCAAAGGAUGUAGAAGCUACCUGGUUGUUGACUCAUACUGCUAGCCACUAUCUUCAUUCAGUCCCACACAGGAUCUGGAGUCUUUUUUUUUUCUUUUCUUUUUUUUUUUAUACAUACAGUCAAAUAUAUUCAAACAGUGUUAUGUUCAUAUAUAUAUAUAUAUACACACACACACACGGUUCUAUUUCUUACACUUUU